AUGCGAGAUGAUCCGCAGACAUAUUAUCAGCUUGAGAAGAAGCAGCCAUCGGGCGGAUCCGAGCACCUUUGUGCCGGGUUUGUGAUUGAUGGUCGGCUCCGUUAUGCAAACGAGAUCCAAAGAGGGGGAGCCACCCCGGAGAACGACUGCUUUGCCUUCGACUUUGGCCACUGGUUGGGGCGGCUGGCUGUUGCGCCAGAAACUAUAUUGUAU